CGGGGUUAGAGAAGCUGCCGGCGCAGACAAUGGAGGUCCCGGACCGCUAGCUGGGGAUCUUCCAUGUGAUCGUGCUGUGUGGACUCCGUGUUAUGUGCUUGUGUGCGGGCCCCACAGGCAGACAUCAUGGAGCCCGUACAGCAGCCCUCAUCCCCGGUGCUGUGCUCCGUGCUGUCCGUGAGGAGUCACAGCUGCGAGGUGAGCCUGGACCCCGGCCGGGCGCUGCUAUCCUGGAGAGAAGUGAGGCCCCGGCGGGGAAGGGACAGCAGCCGAGCUGGUGCGUGCUUCACACGAGUCCUACGUAGAGCACAAGGUCUGACAGGCAGCUUCACUCAUCGGUUGUAUACAGGUGGUCAUAUUGUCCCUGUAUCUGAGAUUGUUUCAGUUGGAGAAGCUGAGAUUGAUGAGAAAUACUAUCAAGGCAUGCAGUGGAAACACAUGUGCAAACCUCAUGCAUUUACAGUGCACUACGUGCAAAGAAUGGCGAAACACCGCUGGCGGUGCAAAGCAGUGACAUUCUGGUGCAGUGAUGAAAUUCUGUGUUGCCAAUGGAUACAAGCACUUAAUGAUCUACUUGAACAACAGACAUGGAGACCAAAGCACCUACUAGUCUAUAUAAACCCAUAUGGUGGGAAGAAGAAAGGAAAACAAAUAUAUGAGAAGAAAGUGGCCCCUUUGUUCAGCCUUGCUUCCAUAUCUACAGAAGUUAUCGUGACAGAAUACGCAAACCACGCUAGAGAGAACCUGUAUGAAGUAAAUCUAGAGAAGUAUGAUGGCAUUAUUUGUGUUGGUGGUGAUGGAAUGUUCAGUGAAGUGCUUCAUGGCCUCAUAGGCCGGGUACAGAAGGAUUCUGAUGUUGAUCAUAACAAUCCCAAAGUCCCAUUAUCUCGUUGCAAUCUGAGGAUUGGCAUUAUUCCUGCUGGUUCUACCGACUGUGUUUGCUUUGCCACUGUAGGCAUUAAUGAUCCAGUGACUUCAGCACUUCACAUCAUUUUAGGUGACUGUCAGCCGUUAGAUGUAAGCUCGGUCCACCACAAAAAAAUGUUACUUAAGUACAAUGUGUCAUUAUUGGGCUACGGUUUCUAUGGUGAUGUGUUAAAAGGCAGUGAAAAGAAUCGCUGGCUGGGUCCGGCUAGAUAUGACUUUUCAGGUUUCAAGACCUUUUUGUCGCAUCGCUACUAUGAAGGAACGGUCUCCUUUCAACCAGCAAAGUGGGCUGUGGGGUCUCCAAGGGACACAAUCUGUUGCACAUCUGGGUGCUACAUUUGCAGGCAAAGUAGCAUGCGGCUUGAGGAGCAGCAGAGAAUGAAGACGUGUGGGUUUGAAAACAAUGAACAAGAUGAUUGGACAACAAUCAAAGGAAAGUUCAUGGCGAUUAAUGCAGCCAACAUGAGUUGUGCUUGUCCACGCAGUCCGAGAGGCCUGUCACCAGCAGCUCACUUGGCAGAUGGAACAGCUGAUCUUAUUUUAGUUCGUAAAUGUUCCAGAUUGCAUUUUCUUUUGCACCUUAUCAGACAUACAACCAGCACUAGUGAUCAGUUUGAUUUCCCAUUUGUUGAUAUUUAUCGGAUAAAGAGUUUUCAGUUUACCCCGAAACAUUUUGAAGAGGAGGAUGCAGAAAGCAAUGAUUUGGGUAAUAUUGGCAAAAAGAACUUUGCUCAGAUUUGCACAGAUCAUCCUUCCUGUGGGUGCAGUCAAAUGAACAGUCUAUGGAAUUGUGAUGGGGAAACUCUGGAGCAAACUGCCAUUGAAAUGAGAGUUCACUGUCAAUUGAUUAAAUUGUUUGCACGUGGCAUUGAGGAAUCCCAGCAAGAAGACAAAAACCCAAGCAAAGUUUAGUUGGACGUUUGGUGUGUUUUCCAGCGAUCAUGAUGUUUUUGUUUAUUUAUUUUACAUUCAGAUGUAAUCCACUUUGAAAGAAUAUUGUGGAACAUAAUUUAAAAAAGGAAAAAAAUAUAUUAUGUAUUUUAAGUUUAAAGUUGGUGUAAUUUAUAGUGAUUUAUUAACUCAUUCUUUUUGUGGCAUAGUUACAGAACACAUCAUGUAGCCUUUAUAUUUGCUUCAAGUAGGCUUUAAAGUGUUACCUAAAUUGAUGCGUAUCUUCAAGAUUUUUUAGACUACAUAUGCUUUAUGUAGAUUUGAUAUCGAUAAAAUCUAAGUCUGAUAGUAGACAUAAUUUACUAUGUUCUAUUUGGGAUGUGGUGUUGUACAGCAUUUUAUUAAUGACGGAUCAUUAAAAGAUUUUGCAACACUGUUCGGUCCUUUAGGUCUAGAUCCAGAACAUUGAUUCUCAUCUUUACUUGUAUGGACCUUUUUAUAGUAGCUCAUAAAACUGAUGUGACUGCUUUGGCAGGUUAGUUAGCUAUAGCUAGCCUUAAGUGUUUUUAAACUUUCCCAGCAUUUGUUUGAUCUGCAGGAUUUGUACUAUUUUAGAAUUUUGAGAGUCUGUCUGCAUAAAUCCUCGCUUUUGCUUUUGUUACGUUCCAUACAAAGCUCUUGAUGUUUUUUGGCUGAGCGGCUAAUGAAGGAUUUUUUUGUUAGGUACCAGCAAAUUGUUGUGCACCAGUCCAAGGUCACCAGCAAACUUAAUAACGUUUCAUCUAAAAUAUAGUUUGGUUAUCUUUUUAUUAAUGGGGUUUCCAAGCUUGUUCACUAGGGCUUUGAAUGAAGUGGUUGAAGUGAUAAUCCGAUAGCUAAUGCCUGUUCUGGCAAUACUUCACUUCAGAAGAAUUAUUAAAAGCAUGUGAAGCUAAAUGCAAUAAACAUGUUAUUUGACAUAUAUUGGGUGAAGCAUUAUUUAGAUGUGUGUGCUUUAACUGGAGAUAUUUUUGACUAAAAAUAUUGUAUAGUAUUUGUCCAGGGAAACUUUUUCCUUAUAUUACUUGGUAGCGUUUUGAAACAAUCACAUGCUUUAGCCAGGCUUUGGUAGCAACACAUGUAGGUCAAGAGAUGUGCUAACAUGAAUGUAGAAAACAAGACUUUCAUCUAUCUUGACCAGUCAUGCCAC